AUGGAAAUAGAUUGCAGAAAAUCUGGCUUGGCCACUCCCUCUGUUCAAAUUCCCAACCAAAACCUCUCCUUUGAGUUCUUGCCCCCUGCCGUACCUCAGCUUUCGUAUUACAGUAUUGCCCCUGAGCCACGUCAAUGGAUCCCAUCUCUCUUACGUGAAACAAGAAGGACAGAAUGGGAAACACGUACAAAAUCUAAUCUACGACCGGGAAAAAUAGAAGGCGCCGCUCAAACACAACAUUUUCGCGCAACUUUGGUAGUGAAGAGGGCGAUCAAAAGUAGACGUGUAAGAUGGAAUGAGGAAAAUCUGGUGGAAAUCGAAGCAAAUAAACCUGUAAGGCAGAAAAUAACUGAACCCAAGACUCCGUACCACCCCAUGAUUGAUGAUGAUGAUGUUGUAGGGUCUUUGUCUCCUGUAGGGCAUGGUUUCAAUGAUUGUAUCGGUCUUGCUAUGUGGAUGCUGAGAAAUUACGCUCUGCUUUGAAGGAUGUGGCUUCCUCGAGUAGAAAAACAACUGGGUAAUCUAGUGGCUGGUCAUAUUCUG